AUGAAGGGCACAUCCAAGGUGAUAAUGGGAGCAACACUGGCAAUGGUGGCGAGCCUUGCCAUAGUGUUGGCCCUAGUUCUGGUGCUGCUAGCUGAGCUUUACUGCAGUCUCUUGCUUCGCCGACGUCAACUAAGAAUCACCUCCAACACCAGCACCACUUCUGCCACCAUAACCACCACAUCGACCACCAAUAAUUCCUUCUCAGAGUCUCCACAACCCCAAAACCAAUCACCUUCUCUCCCUCUCUCCAGCUACUAUGCUCAAGGGGUUCUGCAGGCUCCCAGAAGUUUAUUAUUUCCUGCAGUUCCGUCCAAUAAAGAAAGCAAGGUGGUGGAAACAAGAAACGAACACUCCCAACUUCAUCAUGUUCUUGAAGUCCAUACCGAAGAAUCAAACGCAAGCCUCAGCCCCCAACAAAUUGGUCUCAUAAACACUUCACCUCCAUCAACUGCCUUUGUAUCUUCAACCCAUCAAAUCCAAGAAAUCCCAAAUCAAAUUAGAAGUAGCAAUGCUUGUAACGACAAGGAAUGGGCUGGUUGUGGAGAACAUUUUGUUUACAUAUCCAAUCCCAUUUACGAUAAUGAUGCAAGCAGAGCGAGCAGGGUGGAUACUCCAUAUGAAACUCCCGAUUCAUCGCCAUCACGUUUGGAAAUAGUAGGUUCUAGUUCAGGUGAAGAAGAAAUAGCCCUACCAUCCCCAUCUACACCUCCAUUGACUCCAAUGAAGAAGCUCCCAGCUGAGGCUUGUUCAGUUUCAUUGAGAGAUACAAGGUCUUUGGGUACUUCAGGAAGUGAUUCUGUUAGUAACAAUGUCCUCUCAUCAUCAUCAUCCUCAGGGUCUCCAUGCACAUCUCCUUCGUGGUGA